AUGAAAUCGGAUAACGAUUAUCCCGAUAACUUGGAAAGAGUUCAGGUGAAAAUAUUGACAAGAAUAGUUAAAAUGACUCACAUUUGUUCUAAACCUAUACUUAUUGGACCAUCAAUUUUGAAUGCGGAUUUGUCCAAACUAGCUGUUGUUUGUGAUCAUCUACUUAACUCUGGCGCUGAUUACCUACACCUCGAUGUCAUGGAUGGACAUUUCGUACCCAAUAUCACAUUUGGGCAUCCUGUUGUAGCGUCUUUGAAAAAACACCUUCCAUCCAAGGCGUUUUUAGAUCUUCACAUGAUGGUUUCUAAUCCCGAAAAGUGGGUUGAAAAUAUGAAAGCUGCUGGAGCAAGCCAAUACACUUUUCACUUAGAAUCAACUGGAAAUGCUAUGCAUUGUAUUCACAAAAUACGUGAAGCUGACAUGAAAGUUGGUCUUGGUAUAAAACCAAAAACACCAGUCACUGAAGUAUUACCUUAUGUUGACUCCGUUGAUAUGAUUUUAAUUAUGACUGUCGAACCCGGUUUUGGUGGGCAAAAAUUUAUGGCAGAUAUGUUACCAAAGGUUAAGUAUCUUCGUGAAAGGUAUGCAAAUUUGGAUAUUGAAGUUGAUGGUGGUGUCACCCUGAAGAACGUUCGAGAUUGCGUCGAAGCUGGAGCGAAUAUGAUUGUCUCUGGCACUGAAAUAACAAGUCAUGAAAAUCCUGCUAAUAUUAUUAGAUUGAUGAGAUCUACUGCUGGUCAACUUUUUAAUUCAUCACUCAUAGAUUAG